GGGGGUGUCUUGAAUGGGUGCGACAGAAAAAAAGAGAAAGGGAGUAAAAGAGCGAGUGACUUUGAGAGAUUUGUGAGGUGCACCAAAUGUAUAGACUGGCUUCAUGCACUCGCUCAAUUGGGAAAUACUUCUGAAAGCAGGGGAUACCCCAUUAAGGAUCACAGUAAUGAUUUCUGCUGCUAGGAUUUAACAUUUUUAAAACAAAAAAGCUUUCAGCAGUGAGAACAGAAUCAACUUUAUUGCUUGGUACAAUGGAGCACUGGGAAAAUGGCACAUCAGGAAAUGGCACCAUUGGAGAUUUCCAGUCACCCUUCUCUCCGGUCAUCGACAAGGCCAUCAACGGGAUCACUAUCAUCAUCCUCUUUAUCACUAUGGUUUCCCUGGGCUGCACCAUGGAGAUAGAAAAAAUCAAGCGCCACAUUAUCAGGCCAAGUGGCGUGGGCAUAGCGGUGGUGGCCCAGUUUGGAAUAAUGCCUUUGACUGCCUUCUGUCUGGCCAAACUUUUACAUCUUAGGGCUAUUGAGGCCAUCACAGUGCUUAUCUGUGGAUGCUGUCCAGGAGGAAAUCUCUCCAACAUUUUUGCAUUAGCUCUAAAAGGAGACAUGAACUUGAGUAUUGUGAUGACCACAUGCUCCACAGUUUUGGCAUUGGGUGCAAUGCCCCUUCUACUGUAUCUGUACAGUCAAGGGUUCUCUGGUCUGGAGCAUGCAGUUCCCUUCACUGGGAUCUUUAUUGCUCUCAUCAUGACCUUAGUACCCUGUGCUGUAGGAAUCGCCAUCAACCACUGGGCACCACGUUAUUCUCAAAUCAUAACGAAGGUAGGUCUCAGCAUCUUGCUAAUAGCCACUGUAGCAGUUGGAGUGAUGUGUGGCAUCUCUUUAGGAGCAACAGUGUGGAUUGUGCUCUCUCCUCAAAUCAUGGCUGUGGCGGUUCUCAUGCCUUUCAUAGGCUACCUGCUAGGCUACACCAUGUCCGUCAUCUUCAAGCAGAAUGGCCCGUGCAGAAGGACAAUCGCUAUGGAGACCGGCUGUCAAAACAUCCAGCUGUGCUCCGCAAUUUUGAAAGUGGCUUUUCCUCCAGAGGUCAUUGGACCCCUGUUUCUCUUUCCGCUGAUUUACAUUGUAUUUCAGGGUGCUGAAGCGCUAUUCCUCAUCUUUGUUUUCCGAAUGUACCAACGGUUUAAACCCUCAACUGAAGACGAUCCUGUAAAGAAAGCUGAAUACAUGGCAGUGGACAAUGGAGUGGAGGUGGGGAAAGUUUCUUAAGAAGUCUUCAUAUGGACUACAGUACAAUACAAGGGAUAUAGUGCAGAUCGUUGAACAAGCCAUAUGACGAGUGACAGGAUGAUUGUCUGUGCAUCUUUUUAAUAGUGCGAAUGUCGAGCUUGUUGCUCUCCGUCCACAUUCACUCCAAACAUAGGGCAUUUAUAGAUUUUUGUUAUUUUUAAAUCAGUAUUAAAAAUCCUGCUUGGAUGUUUAAAGUUUUUUUUUUUUUGAGCAAAGGACUCAUUCUGCAUGUAUAAAAUAAUUCCAACUAAUUUGCACAUUUUGUUAAAGUCUUGUACAUUUAUAGAAAGUUUCUUGUUUUUAUAUAUCCUAUUUAUAUCAGCUGUAAGAUUAAAACCACCUCCCUAAUACUGUGUAAGCCUGAAUUUCGCUUUCAAAAUAGCUCUGACCAAUCAAGGCAUGGACUCCACACUGAAGGUGUCUGAAGGGGUGAGUGCUAUGGUACUGGCAACGAGAUGUUAUCAACAGAUUCAAUACGUUCUUUAGGUUGUGAUGUGGGGCUUCCAUAGAACAGACUACUUUGCCCCACAGAUGUUCAAUCAGAUUGUGGUGUUUAAUCAGAAGGAAUUUGGAGGCCAAGUCAACACCUUGAACAUUGCCAUAUUCCUUAAACCAUUCCUGAUCCAUUUUGGUAGAGUUUUAGGGAGCAUUUGUUGACAUUAAGGAAUGUUAUCGGCCUGCAACGAUGUUUAAGUAGGUGGUUUAUAUCAAAGUAACAUCCACAUAAAUGCCAAGACCUAAAAUAUCCCGGCAAAACACUGCCCAGAGCAUCACAAAACCUCCAAUGGCUUCAUUUUUCCUCACAGUGCAUCUUUUUCUUCCCAAAGGCAACAGCACACAUGCACCCAGCCACCCAUGUGACGCAAAAAAAAGCGUGAUUCCAAAUUUUUCAGCACAUUUGCAAUUCCUAUGAGUAGCAAUGAACCUUGGACACCAAUGAACAUGCCUCCAGAUGUCUUUCUUUGGACCAUUUUCGGUUAAUAAUAACCACUGUACAUUGUUCUGACCCAGUCAUCUAGCUAUCAAUUUGGUUUGUCAAUGUUACACAGAUUACAGAAUAUAAUUAAUUAAUUAACAUAUAAAUUAAGUCUUAAUCCUAAUUAUUAUUAAAUUUCCCAUGUUUUAGAAAGAUAAACAAGGAACAUUCCAAAUUUAUAAGGGAAACCUAAAACCAUCAGCCAGAAACAGCCAUAAGCAGCUGGUUGUUGAAACUGGACAGUAACCUUAAAAUCACAAUAGAAGUGGUAAACAAAUAGUUAAAAUUAGGCUAGAAUUAAGGUUUUAGAAUGGUCCAGACUUCUAAAUUGAGAACAUGUGAAAUGUGCUAAAGAAAGUCCUUUCAGGAAGCCAAAUAAUGAAUUCAUUUAUAUUUUCUAUUUAGAACAAAUUUCUAUUUAAAUUUUGACCCUGCAGAUUCUGUCAUUUCCAGAAGACCUGUAAUGAAUUUAUAAAAUAAUUAAAAUGCAUGAAUAA